UCGCGCACACACACCAAAGUCACGGUCUUCGUCGUGGAGCUCCUCCUUCAGCGAUUGUCAAGUUCAUGGUUGGUCCCGCGAAAGACGCACCAACGCUGAUCAGUUGUGCUGUGGACAGUGCGCGAAGUGGACACGUUACGAAACGCUUCCAUUAACAGUUGCACGGGUGCAUUUGUUUUGAAGACAGUAACAUAGGGCGAGCGAGAUCAUGAGACAUCUGUGGAUUGCGGUGAUCCUGAUCGCUGCAUUCGGUGCACUCUCAGCGAACGGAUUCUUUCUACUGCUUAAAACACUUGCCCAUGCUGGACGGUACAUUAACGAGCACUAUCCGGACGAAGGUGUCAAUUACCACCAAUCAGUGCCCGAGUACGAUUUCGUAAUUGUUGGUGCUGGACCGGCCGGAUGUGUACUUGCCAACCGUCUGUCGGAGAACCCUCAGUGGAAGGUUUUACUGCUGGAGGCAGGACCAGGAGGAAAUGAUCUCCAGAACAUCCCGCUGCUGACUACGUUUCUGCAGAACUCCCAGUACAACUGGGCGGAUAUUGCAGAGCCUCAAAAUACCUCCUGCUACGGUAUGAUCGAUCAGCGAUGCAGCUUACCGCACGGAAAAGGACUCGGUGGAUCAACUCUGAUCGACUACAUGCUGUACGGCCGCGGUAAUCCCGCCGAUUACGAUCGGUGGGCUGCCCAGGGCAAUCCUGGUUGGUCACACGCGAACCUAUUCCCGUACUUUCUCAAAUCGGAACGCGCGGAACUGCGCGGUUUGGAAAACUCUUCCUACCACGGUACGAACGGUGAGCUGCACGUAGAAUUUUCUCCCUUCCGUACCAAUCUGGCACGUACCUUCGUGAACGGUGCACGAGAAGCUGGCCAUCGCAAGAUCGACUACAACGGCAAAUCGCAGCUCGGCGUGUCGUACGUCCAGACGACGGGAUUGCGUGGCAUGCGUCAAACGGCGUACCGUGCGUUUGUCGAACCGGUGCUCUACAAACGUCCCAAUCUGUACGUGCAACCGUACAGUCAGGUGUUGAAGCUGUUGAUCAAUCCGGACACAAAAGCUGCGUACGGUGUACAGUACACGAAACACUUCCGAAAUUAUGAGGUUCGCGCACGCAAAGAGGUGAUCGUGACGGCCGGUAACAUCAACUCCGCCCAACUGCUCCUGCUCUCCGGCGUUGGUCCGCGAGAACAUUUGCAGAACUUUAACCUGCCGCUGGUGAGCAAUCUUCCCGUGGGUCAAUCUUUCGUCGACAGUCCCGUGUUUAACGGGCUCACGUUCAUUCUAAACGAGACGGGUCAGGCACUGCUCACGGACAGCCGGUUUCAGUUGCGUUCCCUGGGCGAUUACUUCCGGGGCGAAGGUCCACUGACCGUUCCCGGUGGCGUGGAAGCUAUCAGCUUCAUCCGUACCGCGAACGCUACCACCGAACCGGGUGUCCCAAACAUUGCGAUCGUCUUUUCGACCGGAUCGCUCGUCUCGGACGGUGGACUUGGUUUGCGCAAGGGAAAACGCAUCAAAACAGCCAUCUACAACAAGGUGUACCGUCCGCUGGAAAACGUACACAACGAUCAGUGGACGGCCAGUGUGGUGUUGCUGCAUCCGGAAUCACGCGGACAUUUGAAGCUACGCAGCGUUAAUCCUUACAGUGCGCUCAAGAUCUAUCCCGGAUACUUUAACACCGAGCGGGAUGUUGAAAUGAUGCUGGAAGGUGUGAAGGAAGCGGUACGUAUCUCCAAAUCUCCUGCCAUGCGUCGAUACGAUGCACGCGUCCUCGGUAUACCGCUUCCAAACUGUGAACAGUGGGACCAACGGGAAGAUGACUAUUGGCGUUGUGCGAUACGAACCCUGUCCAGUACGGCGUACCAGCAGAUGGGAAGUUGCCGGAUGGGACCGGCCAAUGAUCCGCUAGCGGUCGUUGCCCCAGAUCUUCGUGUACACGGUGUCCAGGGUUUGCGUGUGGCGGAUGUGAGCGUAGUGCCGACCUCCAUUUCCGGACAGUCGGCCGCCAUUGACUACAUGAUCGGAGAGCGAGCCGCCGAUAUCAUCAAAGAUCAUUGGCAGCAGGGUAAUGGUGCCGAAGACUCCACACCACCGAGCGCAUGAUACAGUAUACUAGUGAUAUGUUAGGGUAAGAUCAGCUCAAUAAAUG